CACUAACCGUACUCUAGAUGCUGUGCCCUUCAUGUCCUGCCCUCCAUGCUGUGCUCAUACCCUACGCAGCGCGUUCACCGUGGCGCCCUGGUAAUAUAAUUGCAACUAAUAGUCAGUACCAGUCCCGAUAGGACCAUAGGGCGUUCUUCUUUGGAGAUAAGGCAUGGCAUAAUAUCGACUGCCCCACUUUCGGGGCAAGCAAGCAGCGCGAUGAGUUUUUUCACAAGGUUGAGGACUCACCUAUGGCAGUUACAACAAUGUGCUUUAAACUUGACUCAUGAUUUGACAGAAAACCUCGAGCUUCUGGACCCCAUUGAGGAGCUCGAGCAGAUUGUGCUUAACAGGCCCCACCUAGCUCCAAGCCUUGUCGAGUAUGCCCAAAAAUUAAUUGCUAAUGAGGACGCCGCUUCGGCAAGCGCAGCCGGUAACGCGGCAGGGCCCCAACCUCAACCGGGGCCCGCAAAUGCCGCGCUAGAUGGUCCUGCACACCUGCCUCCCCACGCUCAAGGCGUUCCCCUUAAAGCCCCUCGCUCUGCACCCGGCCAAAAUGAGGCCGGCCACCGGACCGGCAUAGCCGAAGGCGAUGAUAGGGUUGCCGACGAACCCGAAGAUGUCGAACGCCAUGUACGCGACCCUGCGCCUUCUGGAGAAGCCGCCCGGGUUGGCACCGUAUUUCAGCAUGACGGCAGAGCGGCGCAGACCAGCGACGAUGCCGAAGCUGACACGCAAAUGGCGGAUGCGGUCGACAUGGGCCACGAGGGGCCCAACGUACCUGCAGCCGGCGCUGCUGCAGCUUCAACCCCCGUUGCAGGCUCAAGCUCAGGCGGGGCAGAAGGCCCCCUUGCGGGCAACGUACGGCCGCCCCUGGACACUGUUGCGGGGGGCGCAGCUGAGGAGGAGGAGGAAGCUGGGGCCCAGACCAUGAGCCUUUCAGAGGCCGUGAACCCACAGAGCCUCGCCCCUCAGCUCCAACAGCACCAGCAACAACAGCCUGAGGGCGCACCAGCCCCGGCAGCAGCGGCUGCAAGCGCAGGUGCUGCCGCUGACGCCGCGGCUACUGAUUCUGCUGCCGCUGCUGAUCCUCGCCGGGUCAACCCGCGGCGGGUCGCCCUGUCGGACGCAGCGACAGACGGGGCUGCUGGGAGUGACGGGGCUGGUGGAAGCGGUGAAGGAGGCGGCGCGGAAGCCAUGGACCAGGAUGACGAAGAGCGCACGUCCGCUGACGUGGCGUUGGCGGAGGAAGAGAUGGAAGAGCAGGAAACGGAGGAGGAAGAAGAAGAGGAGGACCUGGGCCGUGCGUCGGAGGAAGACAAGUGGCUUUGGUACUAUUACGGGCACCCGAAGUUCGGCGUGAGCAGCAACUGGCCGGGAUCGCAUGGGCCGGAGGACCUGGAAGAAUGGAGGAACGAGUUCCGGGACCGGGUUCGGGUUCAGCACCCUGACGGCAGCAUCGGCUACGUUCCCUGCUACAAGAAGACGCGCAGGGAGGUGAUGAAGUUCCUGCUGCAAAACACGUCCGGGCCCUUGUCGGCGGACGGACCACCCGAGGCCGAAGAAGACUCCCAGGGCGAAGACGACGGGCGCGAGACAUCUGGCGUUCCCCGCUCUGGCGGGUUCUUUGCUUCCCGGGGUGCUGCUGCUGCAGGAGGCGCGGGUGAGGUGUUUGCGGAUGAGGAGCUUGAUGCGGAGGAGGAGGAGGUGGACAACCGGGCGUUCCUAGCGGAGAUUGCGCACAUGGAUGAGGACGACGAGUAUGAUGAGGACCUCAUCAGCCAUGACAGCGAGGUGGAGGAGGGCGGCGAUGAAGCCGAGGGGGUGGCUGACAGGGGUGGUGCGGAGGCGGCCGGCGACGCAGUUAUCGCCAUGCAGCCUGAGGAGGAGGAGGACGGGGAGAAGGAUGAAGAAGAGGACCUUGACCAAACCGCGGCACGCGACGAGCUUGAUCCGAGCGCGGUCCCCGUCCGCCAGGCAGCUGUCGCCGCUGCAGCUGCGGCGGCGGCCGCAGUAGCUGCCGCAGCUGCUGCUGAAGCGAGCGGUGGUGCUAGGGGCGGCGGUGGGGGCCGCAGGAAGAAGGCUCCGCCGGGGCGGCGUGUCCUGGUGGACGGGGAGGCCGCAGCAGCAGCCGCAGCGGCAGCGGCGGCGGCGCAUGGUGAAGGGGGCGAAGAAGGAGAUGCCGAGGACAAUGGUGAAGGCGGUGGUGGUGGUUUCGAUGACCCGGUGCUCGGCGCAGAGAUCCGACGGCUGAUUCGGGAGGUAUCCAAGCACAGAGAUCGCGACCUGUCGACUCGUCUGAAGCGCAUCGCGGUGCGCGCUGCCAGCGAGGCCGCACAGCGGCUGGCGGCGGAGCUGCAGGAGGAGGUGGGGCGCUUGCGGCGGGAGUGGCAGCAGUCCAGGGAGCGGCUGGAGGUGCAGGCAAAAGCGCUUAUGUGGUGGCGUCGCGCGCAAGGACCCGCACGCGGUGCGCUGAACGCAGCCCAGCGCGCAGCAGCAGCAGCGGGCCCCAGCAGCAGCAGCGCCGCCCGCACGUUCGCUGACGCCUGGCUGGCGCAGCUUGGGCACCUGGAGGGCCGGGCGCAGGAGGUGUGCCAGGAGGUGGCCGCAGCCUACAAGGACAAGGAGGAGGAGUUCCAGAAGGAGAAGAAGAAGUAUGUGGACAUGCUGUCCGAGUCGGUGGCCGAGGCCGAGCGGUUACGUCUGCAGCUGCUGAUCGCGGGCAAGUCGCAGCAGGAGGCGGCCGGCAUGCAGCAGCAGGCGCUGCAGGAACUGCGGGAGAGCGGGCCGGCAGAGGAGGCCGAGGAGCAGCAGCAACAGGAGGAGGAGCAGCAGCAGGAGCGGAAGAAGAAGGACGCAGAGGGUG